UUUUAUUUUUGGGCCUUUUCUCUUUUUAACCUUUUUUUUCUUGUUAAUUUUAAGAUUUUUAAAAUGAAAGAAACUGCUGAUAUUAAACAAAGUCCAAGUAUUAUUCGUCCAAAAUUAGAACAAAUCCAACGACGUUCGUCACCUAGAAAACGUCCGGCACCCAAAAUUGAAGAAUCUGAACAUGUUGUAGUUGAUGAUAUUAUUGAACCUGUUGUGCCUGAAAAACAACAAAAAACGGAGGAGGAGGUCCCACAACAAAAACAAGAAGUAGUUGAAUUUGUGAGAGGAUUUACUAACAAGGGAGCAAUUUGUAUUUGGCAUAACGGAUUUCGCUAUCACAAACAUUAUGGAACUUAUUGGCGUUGUAGUAACCGCAAAUGUCCGGCAAAUGCAACAGCUUCUGAACAAGAAGAUGGCAAAAUUGUUGGAAGAGUACGAAAUACGCAUACUCAUUUACCUCAACCUGAGCAAAGAUUGGCUGAAAUUAAACGUCAAGAAUUACGACAACGAGCUAGAGAUGAACCUCAUAUAAGCAGGGCAACUUUAAUUGCAAGUAUUCGAGCUGGAAUUGAUGAUGAAACUUUUGUGGCUUUGGGAACGGAUGCUUCUCUUUCGCAUAUGGCUUAUAGAAAGGAUCAAACUUUAUGGAAAAGUUCGCCCAAACUUAGGAUUAUCGGAUGUCUUGGAUGUAAAAUUGCCGCCUGCUUUAACCGAGAGACAGGGCCAAUCGAUAUUUUUGUAUGAUUCAAGGACUGCUCGGGCACGUGAUAAAGAUGCAGUUUUUGUGUUUGCACAUCCAUAU